AUGCCAGUAUAUCAUAUCGUGCUCUUCCGCCUUAAGCCCGGCGUCACCGCCGCUCAGGUUUCGACCUGGAAAGAGACAUGCCAGGGUAUGGUUGGGAAGAUUCCCGGCCUGUUGUCUCUGCAGAGCGGGACUCCCUUGCCGAUUUCAAUUCCCCGCGCCAAGGGAUUCGAUAUGGGUCUUGUUGCUGUUUUGGAAACCCCCGAACAUGUCGCUACCUAUGCUGUGCAUCCAGCCCACCUAGAGGUCCACAAGAUGCGCGAAGAGUUAUGCGAUGAUACGCUGGCAUAUGAUUUGGAAUUUUAA